CACCGUGCACUCCUUCAGUUCUCUUGUGCCCUCACAAUUUGCUGGUGAAUAUGGAGGCAAACAGAAAGCGCAGCAGAGGGUUCUUAAAAGGCAAGUUGGUACCCUUCUAUAGAGCACCAAAGCCUUCCUCAACCGUUCAAUACACAGCCACAGAUGUUAAGCCAAGUCACUAUUCUUCAUCCCCUGCAUCUGUUGGGUUCGUAGUGCGCCAGGACUAUGCAAUCACACAGAGAACUCCCAAAGUUCGCAUUGUGGUAGCAGACAACAGAAGCGAUUUGGAUGCGUUAUACGGUGAGCCUGGUGAUGAAAGUGUAGACACCAAAGCUGAAAUAUAUAUUUCUAUGGUUCAACAACAACGUUUAAUGCAUGAGCGAUUAAACUCAGAGCCCAACACGUUUUAAGACUAGUGAUCAAACAUAUAUACUGCUAUUUUAGAUAAAACAUGAUUUAUGGCUGCAGCGACUACCAUUCAAUAAA